GGUUGAUGUCAUCCUCGUUCCUCUUUCCCUGGAGUCGAUGUAACUUAGUCUUGAACGAUAAGAACUCAUUCCACUGUAGAAUUUGAGCCACAGAGAUAACGAAUAACUGCGGGAAAAUCAGAGAAGAUUGAGACUUGGUGGAUGAGGAAAAUUUUUUAAACUCGAAUUCACUUGUAAUUCUCCAGAAAUUCUUGGAGCUCUACUCCAAUUAUUUCGAAAAAUCAGCGCCGCUAUCUUGACAUUAGCAUUUCUCCUCUCUCCAAGCGAGAUUUAUCAGUCUCAGUGGGACGAUUAAUGCAACAACCACCGGAGAACACAGGAGAAAUUACUUUUUUUUUUAUUUUGUCUUUGGGAAGUGGAAGAAGAAAAAAAAAUUUGAUUCUGGAUAAAAGUCGCCCACGUCCCCUUGCGUCGAUAGAUCGUGAUCCACGACGUUGAUUUCUCCGGUGUCGUGGAGGAAAGAGAGAGAAAGAGAGAGAGAGAGAGAGAGAGAGAUAGGACCUGAGUAUAAGGUAGACUCCGGAUAAGGAGUGAAGUCGAGAGAUGGCCAUCACCGCUGUAGCAAGUUGCCUUGGACCCCCUCCACUGCCACCGGGCAAGCGUUUUCUCCAGAGAUCCAAAAAGCUAUCCUCAACUUACCUGAGCUUUCGUGAUCCAGCUAUCGAGGCUGGUAUAUCAACGCUGAAUGAAACAAUUCCACGUUAUGCUGUCAUCAAACCACUCCCACCUAGGCCAAGAUCCAGGGCCUCCUAUGCCGCAAAUAACGAUGAAUUUAAUUUCACGAAGAAAGCCAAUUUGUUUCGGAGUCAAUCAGAGGGAGAUUUGUGGAGGAACGAGCAUAAUGGUGGCUUGAAUACCUUGGAUAAGUGUAUCAAAGCGAUUUAUGGUAGUUGGAAGAACUUGAUGCAACUUGGUGGCAUGAGCCGGCCAUCGAAAACAGCGACCCAGGCGAAGAAGGUGGCACCACCGGCUGUGCCCGAUGUAUUCCGCCACUCGGGCUCGUCCUUCGGAUCGGCGGGAUACGCAAGUAGCGAGGACGGCGGUUUCCUGUCGAGCGGUUGCGGCGGGGGCGGACCUGGUGACGACGGUUCCUAUGGAAUGCCAGCGGGAAAGAGUCCAGGACCAAUUUACACGCAUCCUGGAUUUGCAUUUCCACCAGUCGUUGGCAAAUAUGCCCACGCCGAGGAUCAAGGCAUUGAUAUGACACAGAGCCCGGGUAGGGAUAGCCCAGGGAGCUCUGGUUCAGGAUCCGGCUCGAGACACUCCACUGCAUCGCUCGAUUCGGGAAGGGCAUCGGGCUAUCAUCUUGGACCACGUGGACCUGGCGCCCUUGCAUCAUCACCUAGAUGCUCAAUCAGCUCACUCGGCAGUCAUCCAGACAGGCCAGCUGACCUUGACGUUGUGCACGCAUGGCUAACUGAGUUACAGUUCGAGGAGUAUUUUCCUUUAUUCGCCUCGGCUGGUUACGAUCUCGCUACCAUUACACGAAUGACCCCCGAAGACCUCACGGCAAUAGGUAUCAAAAAGCCAAAUCACAGAAAACGACUGAAAGCGGAGAUCGACAAUCUUAAUGUAGGUGAUGGAUUGCCGGAGCAUGUACCCGGCUCCCUGGAGGAGUGGCUGAGAUUAUUGCGUCUUGAGGAGUAUCUUGGUGCACUGCAUCAGCAGGGUAUGAGAUCUGUUGAGGAUGUCACGACUCUAACAUGGGAGGACCUUGAGGACAUUGGCAUUGUUCGUUUGGGUCAUCAAAAAAAACUUGUAUUGGCCAUAAAACGUGUUAAGGAUAUAAGAUCGGGUAAGAGGGUACAGCCACUGGAUUUGGCGAGACUACCACCUCAUCCUGGCCAUACACAGGACGUUGUGAUACAGCGUGGUGGACCUGAGCUUCCAUCACCCGAUGAGGAUUGCUCAUCACCUGUACUUAGAUCAUUUCAACGAGUUGGAAAUGAAUCCUCAUCGGCAUGGAGAAGUAUGUAUGCUGCAUUGCCUGGAGGAAUGGAAUAUUGUACGGUUGGGAGGGGACCACGUGGCAAAUCACUUGAAAGUUUGGAAGAUGCACCUCUUGGGUAUCCACCAUCUCCAGCACCUGUCCAACACAUCGAUCCACUUGGAUGGCGUCCGAGAUGUUUUGAGGAUGGCGAUGUUACACCCACCAACGAGGUUUCAUCCAUGAUUGAAGCUGGUGGUGGUACACUUCCUCGACCGAGACACUGUCUUGUCAGACCACGGCCCGUUGCCAAGUUUAUGGAACAGGUAACGGCAACCCAGGGUCAAUUCAAAUCGCUUCCCAGGGAUUUUGAUAACAAGUAUCAAUUAACGUAUGGUUUGGAGAGUAGUCCUCAUCUUCCAAAACGACGACCACCAUCACCACCGAGACGACAGAGCUCCAGGGAAUUGGGUAAUAUUGGUGGUGGUAAUGGUGAUGUUGUUAUCGACUGUAGUGGACCAGUACCGACUGCUUGCGAUGAACAUCAUAUUCAUCAUCAUUCACUGCAUCAUCCACCGCCUCCAGCGCCUGCACCGUCAGCUGCACCCUCAACUCCACAAUUUCAUAGACCUGCCUCCUCCAUGUCACGUUCCUGGGGCAGUGUCAGUGCCAAUGUCAAUGAGGAACACGAACUUAUUGCUACACUCGCUUUACAGCAUCGUAAUGGAUCUGACGCUAGUUUCAAGUCAAGUUCAAGCACAGAGUCGGAUUCCUUACCGUUCGCAAAUGAAAAUGCUGGUACGAUAAAACAACGUGCAGCACGAGUCCAGGAAUACGGCAAUAACUCGCCCAACCUCAGUGGACACAUGGUAUCUCAUCAGCAUCGUCCAUCUAGUGGUAAUGAGCCCGCAGAUGUAUUAAACGACAUUGGCAAUAUGCUUGCCAAUCUAACUGAUGAGCUAGAUGCCAUGCUGGAGGAAGAGAAGCGUCAAGGCCUCAAUCCAUAAUUGUCACUGUCUCCAUAACGUGUCCUACUUUGUACUUGCGUUGCCAUAAAACAAUGGAUCGUUGAGGAAGAACAGAUUAAUGAAGAAGGGAAUUAAAGAGUGAGAGAUAGUAAGUGAGGGAGAGAGUAAAUAAUAAUGAUAGAAUUCAUAUUUCCUGGUUAGAUGGAACAGCGAUAAGUCACCGAGUCCAAAUUUCCGCUAUUGUUGAGACAGAUAAUAUAGCCAGGAGGAGUGAGUUGAUUAGUUACCUGCGAUAAUCGAAUGAUAAAUGAAAGGAAAUUAAAUAUUUGGAAUUUAGAAAUGAUAGCUUCCAGUCUCAUUCGAUUCUUCCGGUGAAAUGGAUAUAUUUCAUUUUUUUCUCACACGAUAUGGGGAUAUACACGAAACAUCUUUGUAUAGCUUUUUUCCUAAUGCAUAGCCAUUAAAAUACAAUUUUUGGGUAUUAUAAACAACUUUGGGAAUUUUUAUUGGUGAGAAUAUUUGUAUGAUAGCCACAAAUUUCAUAUGAGAAUUUACAAAUGAGAUUAACUGAAUUACUAUCUUCACUGUAUGAUUGAUACCAGAUAGUAUCUAUCAACAGGGUCACCGUAUAAGCCGUAUAAGGUAAUGAAAAAUCCAAGUUUUUCCAGGGCUCAUUUUUGUUUGAUUGUAGUCAUAAAGGAGUUUAUGUUUAUACUGAGCCGUUGAGUAAGCGCACGUGCAGCUUGUGAUCUUUUCCCUCUUUCUUGAACCGAGCUUAUUUUUCUUGACGUCGCCGAUAGAAUUAUCACUAUGUCUUCUUUCGUCGAAUUAUAGUUCUCUCAGACAUUCCACUCGAGGCCCAUUUUUUGUAGCUCACCGUCCUUCUCGGUAACAUAAAGAGGAAAUUAUAGAGAAAAAUUGCCAAGAGGAAGCACGCAAAUACGUAGUACAGAUGAGACUCUGUACUUUGUUGGUUUUUGUUUUCGUGAACAAAGAGAAUUAAAUGAUAAAAAUGAAGGGAGUGUCCUUGAAGACUCGACUGACUCGAGAACUUCUCAUGAAUCGAUUGUGUAUUUUAAAAAAUUAACAAAAACAGAAUGAAUAUGUAAAAUUACAUAAAAGGCUGACAGAUGUUGAAUUGAAUCAUGAAUAAUGUGCACCGGUAAAGCACAAUUAUCCAGAUGCCAAUUGAUGUUUUUUUUUUAAUAUUUAUUAUGCACUAAUAAACGUAACGUAAACGAAAACAUAUUGCUUUACGUGACGUAACAAAUGUUAUAGUGAUAAAGCGCCCAGCUGUACAGGGUGCCCGGCAAGUUCCGUAUAUGUUUUUUUUUUAAAUAUAAUUUAGACGAGAGAGAAAAAAAAACUCGGAUGAACGUGAGAAUUGAGAGUGAGAGUGUGAGGAUCUAGGUAAGAUUUUUUCAAUUUUUGGAAAAUGCAAUGUGUACAGUUGUUUACUUCAUAACUGAAAAUUGACAUAAGGUGCAUUAACUUAAAUAAGAGAAAUGUAACGUCAUCACUCCUCUGGCGCUCCAGUGUGCCCAGAAUAAAAAUUCAAAAAACUUUGAAGAUAAUAACAUUGCACUGUAGGAUGAAAUUGUGCUCCCGCCCAAUUGUGAAACAGAUAUGGAAACUAAAAACGAUGAACCGCUACUUAAUCUGCUAAAGGAAAUGAAAAAUAAAAUUUGAUGAAAAAAAUUAAUAAUGUUCCGAUAUUACUCGGGUCGAGAAAUUGUCUUGUUAACUAUUGUAGGUGUAUAGUUAUAUAUAGAAAAUACUAUGGAGUGGCAGUGAAUUUUGGAGUUUGUCGGAAGUUUCCGUUCCAAAUGAAAAA